GAGGCGCCUGCUGCCCCGCCCCCAUUCCCUGAGGGAGCGGCUCACACUACAAGGGAGCAAUCCCAGGCCCAUGCGACGCCGCUUGCGCACUGGCGAGCUGUCGGAGCGAACACAGCGCAUGCGCAACAGCUCAACCGCCUUGGGGCAAAAGUGACGUCAGAUCACGUUUUCAGCCUGUCCGUGAAGAAGCCGAUGACAGCUUCCAUUGCCCGACCCAAACAUGGCCGUCUGCGUGUCGGGAUGCGGAAACGUCCGUUAGGAGCGUACUAACUCCUGGCACAUGCCACGCGCUGUGGAGGAGCCGGGUUGGGGCUGGCCGGCGGGGGAAUCUCUCGGUUCAUACAGGUGGAAGACAUGGACAGUUUUGUUGAACAAUUGACAAGAGGGGCAGAGGAGGAGUUUACAGAAGAGUCUGCAUGGGAUGGGUCUGCAGUAAGGAUUGAAAGCAGUUCACUUCCAGCUAUCCAUUUACCUGUACUUCCAAGGUAUCUUCAGCAUACAACAACUGGAGGUCGAAAGGCAACAGGAUUUCAGGAAACUAAGACAGCUUGUUUCAAUUACAUUCACGAGGCCCUGCUAGAGAACCAGUGGCAGAGGGCUGCAGAAUUCAUGACUGCCUAUUUGGAGACAUUGGAGAGUACCUCUGCUGAACAUCGGAUGGCUGCCCCAGAGGUGGUGUGGAGAAUAGGAGCUGAAAUUUUGUGCCAUCAUUCCAAAAGCAGCAUUGAAGAGUUCAACUACUUUGCUGAGCGGAUAAAAAAUGUAGGAGUAAAAAACUAUUUAAAGGUCUGUUUAGAACACGUCUUUCAUCUGUUGUGUAAUGGACUGAUUGAUGAUGCCUACCGGAACCUGUCCCUGGCAGAAGGCUGGAGGUAUGGAGAACAAACAGCUGCUCAUGAUAAAGAAAUGAAACUCAUUCAGGCUUAUAAAGGAUUGCUGGACUACUAUAACUGGUCUGAAAAGAGAAAAGCCAUGUUAGAGCUUGAUGAUGAUGAUCUUGCACAGUUUGUUGAACAGGAAAUGCACAGUUUCUUUCGGCAGGCAGCGGUAAAUUUCAAGGAGAUAAUUAAAAUACCUGGCGUAUGGGACCCUUUUGUAAAGUGUUAUGUGGAGCUAUUGGAAUUCUAUGAGGAUUAUGAUGAAGUCCGGCAGGUGUUAAGCGAGUAUGCUUACAAUUCGAAGUUUCCUUCCAAUCCCAAUGCUCAUGUUUAUUUGUAUCAGUUCCUAAAAAGACAGGGUGAAUCAAAGAAGACACGGAUAGCUGUGCUCAAGAUUUUGCAUGAGCUUGUUCCUUCUCAUGAAUUAAUGUUAGAAUAUAAUGCCAUGCUUCAAAAAUCAAAAAAAAGAAAAAAACAUAGACUGGGGCUGCAGGUUAUUUUCACAGUCCUGGAUUUUGCUGGGUGGAAGGAGCAUGUAAAAGCUUGGAGCUGUUUAGCAAAACAGAUUAAACAGAUCCUGGAAAACUCUAGCAAACAUCUUUACUGGAUCAUGGAGGAGUGGAACUCCAGAAAGGACUGGUGGCCAGCCUUCCACUUUAGUCACCAUUUGGCUAAAAUAAAUUGGCAGGAAAAUGAAAGUCUUGCUUGUGAAAAAGCAUUCGUGGCUGGAAUCUUGUUGGGAAAAGAUUGCAAAUACUUCAGAUAUGUUUCACACCAAGGCCACAAAGCCAAGAAAGGAAGGUUUCAGACAAUGAAGAAAUUUGUGAAGAAACACAGCUCUUCUCAUUUAAGAGCAUCUGGUGUUUUGGAUUCCUGCAUCCACCUUUGAUGUUUGAGAGGACUUUAAGGACCACUUAUAAAAACUGCUAAAUUAUUUUCCCAGCAUUUCUAUGCGGCUUUUUUUCCAGGUUCUUGCUACUAAGAACGGUGAAAGUGGAUUGUCAGCUCAGUGCUGGACUCAGCAUAUUGCUGAUUGCAAUCUUUGAUUUGUAUUAUUUAUAAUAAAAGGGAAGUAAAUCCA